CCGGCGUAAUAACCGCUUCUUCAUGUGCUGUUUCCUUCAUUUUCUCUCUAUAUAUUUAUGAUUCACUCUGCUGUUUCUCCCCCUCUCUCCCUCUUAUCUUAUCCAUCGUUUCUCUGCAUACCCUUUUCGGUUCCAUAUCCAGACAUGGGAAAUUGCUUGACAAGCAACCAAGUUGUCUCUCAUGAUGAGAUUAAUCAUCACCAUGAGCAACGAAUGGAGUUGGAGGCCAGUGGGCGAGUUGAGAGUAGUAGGAAGAGGAAGCUGGUGAAGUUCAAAUUACGUGAAGAAGAUAAGAAAGAAAAUGGUAGUACCGGCGGAGGUAUGAGGAUUAGGGUUGUGGUGACUAAAGAAGAGUUGAAGCAAAUCUUGAGUCAGAGGAAUAAGGAUUUGAAGUUGUCUUGUGUAGAGCAAUUGGCAAGGGCAGUGAGGUUGAGAGAGAUGAUGAGGAUUCAUGAAGCGGUAGGAAGCAGCAAUGGUAGUUGGAAGCCAGCUUUGGAGAGCAUUCCUGAGGACCAUUGAUGAAUGUAAUUAAUUAGUAUUGUGAUAUCUAACAAUUAAAUUAAUAUAUGGGUGUUGAUUAGUUUUUUAUGGGAGAGUCUACAUUUGAUCAUGUGGUCUCAUCUACUUGUUUUGGGUAUUACCACAAUUGACAACUUUUCUCUUCUUCUUCGUUCUGUCUUCCUUCAUGUGCUAGCAAGUUAGCAAGAGAAAAUUUCAUUUGCUGGGGAUCUUUUGCAAAGAAUCCCAUC